AUGGCUGCGGGCAGGCUGCAGGGUUUCUGCGCUGUUGGCCCCAGCGCGGCCAAGACCAACGCUCUUCGAGCUUACAUCACCGCACCAUCGGCAGCUUUGCGGUGCAGUCAAGGAGUGAGGUCAGUUCAGACGCUGUGCUGUCUUGGUGACUUCAACUCUCAGCGCCGCGACUCACAGAGCAGCAGCAACAAUGUACCAGACCCGAUCGAUGAGGAAUGGAAGGUCAUGCGGCGGCGGUAUAUUUCCCUGGACUCCGGCGCGCCGUCCACGAGCGGCAGGGGGGCGUUCCCGUCAUUGCCCAGCAGCAGCCACCCAAACCGGCCGGUGAACCAGUUUAGCUACGAGGACAGCUGGGACCUGACAGACGACGGUGGCUACACGCCGUUCCCAGUGAACCUGCCCACGGGCGAGGGCGCUGAGGGCCACGGCGUGGAGCUGGGCCAGAUGUCGGCCGGGCUGCACCUGUCAGACUCCAAGGAGAUCUGGGGCAAGAUGGGCCAGGUGUUUGUGCUGCUGUUUGGCGUGGGAGAGGCGGAGACGGAAGGGAUUUACUCGCUGCGCGCCAUGUCCCGGGAGGAGGGCCUGCCGCAAGACACCAUCGUGGCUUUUGAGGACCUGGAAGAUGCCGAGCGGUAUUGCACGCUGCUGCAGGCGACGAUGCCGCACGUGCCCAAUGUGAUGCCAAUCGAGCCAAAGGAGCUGCUGGAGUUCUGCAGCGACGCCGGCUACAACUGCCGCCUGGAGCCCCGGGGCAGCUGGUUCACUCCGCCCGACUACAACGUUGGCAUGACCGACUGGGAACGCUCCCUGCGCCUCAGGGAAGGGCGCUGGAGCGUGCUGGACUGCGAUCCAGAGCGGCGUGCUUUCGGCGAGGGCGCGGCAGCUGCCACGCAGCAGCCGCAGCAGCUGCCCUACCACUACCUCAGCGGCCAAUUCCACAACAACGCGGGCGCCUACUUCUCCACAGACUACGAGCUGGAGGAGCUGAAGGCUCGCCUGGAACGCCUCCUGCCGGAGGAAUGAGUCGUCGCCCCACAUGGGCACAUGAUGAUGUCAUGCCGCGCUCAGUCGCCAGCUCAGGCAAAAGCAGCAGCGGCUGGAGCGGACAGCGAGUGCCUUGGCAGAUGCGCAUAGGCCGGGGCUUUGCUAUUAGCGGCAGGAAAAGAUGGCCAGUUGCAAGACACCCUAAGAGAUGUUUGUGGCUGCAUCACAAUCAAGAGUGGCAUGGUGCGGCGGCGGCGCCAGGCCAAACAUUCGUAUUUGCCUGUCAGAAGAGACACGUGGAGGAUGUGCAGGGGUUGGGCUGGCUGGCUCAACUGGUCCAAAGGCCGUUUUGAAAGGGAGAGAGAUCCAGUGGGGGCCUAAGAGUGAGGGGAGUGGAUGUGUGGUCCAGGUGUCAAAGAGGCACAAAUCAUUUUGCAACGAUGUGCGAACACCAUAUGCACACCUGGGAGCAGUGCUGUAUGCAUCACUAUUCGGUGGCACGUCCUUUACUGUGCGUGCAGCCGCAAGACAAUCUAUGUUUCUGGAAGAUUCUGGAUACGCUGCAGGAGUCGUUGAUUCCAGUCAAAGCGAGCUAAAGAGGCGCUGUUAGCCUGCAGCAAAGCAUGAAUAUCACGGUGCUUUUCUACUUAUUGAGUUAAGCACAGGCGUCAUUGACUCUCAAAACGUGUGAAGGCUGACUUGUGGGCUCAUGUUUGUCUGCAUGUGCGGGCUUCAUGUGGGUCUUGAGUCAGCUGCAGCACCAAAGAGGUAGCUAGCAG